UGGCUCCUUCUGUCGGUGCGUCCCUGGGACCUCCUGCUCCAGGCAUGAGCUGCCAGUGCAGCUGCGUGUUGGGGGUGGCGCCCUGAGACCGUCGGCAUGGGGAACACGGCAGACCUCCACGGACAUGGGGGGCAGCCCGGCUCCUGCAGCGUGCGGCUCCCGGCUCUAAUACUUUGUCCCCCUUGUUCCCCCUCCUUACAUUUUCUUCCUGAAAGGGGUCCUUGGUGAAUUCUGUCAUGGUUAUUUAAGGAACCUCGCCUAGAAGUCCCAACGCGCAGUUCCCCAUCAACGGGAAGGCUUGGACUCCAAGAUGAUUAUAAAGGAAUACCGGAUUCCUCUGCCGAUGACCGUGGAGGAGUACCGCAUUGCCCAGCUGUACAUGAUACAGAAGAAGAGCCGCAACGAGACGCACGGUGAAGGCAGCGGCGUGGAGAUCCUGGAGAACCGGCCGUACACGGACGGCCCCGGCGGCUCCGGGCAGUACACACACAAGGUGUACCACGUGGGCAUGCAUAUCCCCAGCUGGUUCCGCUCCAUCCUGCCCAAGGCGGCCCUGCGAGUGGUGGAGGAGUCCUGGAAUGCCUACCCCUACACACGGACCAGGUUUACCUGCCCUUUUGUGGAGAAAUUCUCCAUUGACAUCGAAACCUUUUAUAAAACUGAUGCUGGAGAAAACCCCAACGUGUUCAGUCUGUCUCCGGUGGAAAGGAACCAGCUGGCGAUCGACUUCAUCGACAUUGUCAAGGACCCCGUGCCCCCCAACGAGUACAGGACGGAAGAGGACCCCAAGCUCUUCCACUCCAUCAAGACCCAGAGGGGGCCGCUGUCUGAAAACUGGAUCGAGGAGUACAAGCGGCAGGUCUGCCCCAUCAUGUGCGCCUACAAGCUGUGCAAGGUGGAGUUCCGCUACUGGGGCAUGCAGUCCAAGAUUGAGAGGUUCAUCCACGACACAGGCCUGCGGAAGGUGAUGGUGAGGGCACACCGGCAGGCCUGGUGCUGGCAGGACGAGUGGUACGGGCUGAGCAUGGAAAACAUCCGUGAGCUGGAGAAGGAGGCGCAGCUCAUGCUGUCCCGUAAGAUGGCCCAGUUCAAUGAGGACGACGAGGCCGCCCAGCUGACCCAGGGCGAAGGCGGCCAAGCCCAGGCCCCCGGGGAGCCCACGCAGCCAGGCGGCAGCAGCGAGCCCCUGGCCGGCCGCGGCCUGAAGAAGCAGUGGUCCACGUCCUCCAAGUCAUCUCGGUCGUCCAAGCGGGGAGCCAGCCCUUCCCGCCACAGCAUCUCAGAAUGGAGGAUGCAGAGUAUUGCCCGCGACUCGGACGAGAGCUCCGAUGACGAGUUCUUCGAUGCUCAUGAGGACCUGUCUGAUUCUGAGGAAAUAUUCCCCAAGGAUAUCACCAAGUGGAACUCCAAUGACCUCAUGGACAAAAUCGAAAGCCCUGAGCCGGAGGACACGCAGGACAGUCUGUACCGCCGGAGCAGCCCCGAGUUCAGGGUGGCCUCCAGUGUGGAGCAGCUGAACAACAUCGAGGAUGAGGUCAGCCCCCCGCUGGCCGCCCCACCCUCCAAGAUCCACGUGCUGCUGCUGGUGCUACACGGAGGCACCAUCCUGGACACGGGCGCCGGGGACCCCAGCUCCAAGCAGGGCGACGCCAAUACCAUCGCCACCGUGUUCGACACCGUCAUGCGCGUGCACUACCCCAGUGCCCUGGGCCGCCUUGCCAUCCGCCUGGUGCCCUGCCCACCCGUCUGCUCCGACGCCUUCGCUCUGGUCUCCAACCUCAGCCCUUACAGCCACGACGAAGGCUGUCUGUCCAACAGCCAGGACCACAUCCCCCUGGCUGCCCUGCCCCUGCUGGCCACCUCCUCGCCCCAGUACCAGGAGGCAGUUGCCACGGUGAUCCAGCGGGCCAACCUCGCUUAUGGGGACUUCAUCAAGUCCCAGGAGGGCGUGACCUUCAAUGGGCAGGUCUGCCUGAUCGGAGACUGUGUCGGGGGCAUCCUGGCAUUUGAUGCCUUAUGCUACGGCCACCAGCCAGUGUCCGAAAGUCAGAGCAGCAGCCGCAGGGGCAGCGUGGCCAGCGUGCAGGACACUGAGCUGCUGUCCCCGGGCGUCCUGGUGAAUGCGGCACAUGGCAGCGGCAGCAGUGGCGGUGGUGGCGGUGGCGGCGGUGGCAGCGGCGGCGGUAGCCUGGAGAGCAGUCGGCACCUCAGCCGCAGCAAUGUCGACAUCCCUCGAAGCAGUGGCACCGACGACCCCAAGAGGCAGCUGCCCCGCAAGAGGAGUGACUCGUCCACCUACGAGCUGGACACCAUCCAGCAGCACCAGGCCUUCCUGUCCAGCCUCCACGCAGGCGUGAUGAGGAAUGAGCCCAGCUCCCGCCGCUCGAGCAGCUGCACCAUGCUGGACGGCCCAGGGGCCCUGGGCAAGUUCGACUUUGAGAUCACCGACCUCUUCCUCUUCGGGUGCCCACUGGGGCUGGUCCUGGCCUUGAGAAAGACUGUCAUCCCCACCCUGGAUGUUUUCCAGCUGCGGCCUGCCUGCCAGCAAGUCUACAACCUGUUCCACCCCGCGGACCCUUCGGCCUCGCGCCUAGAGCCGCUGCUGGAGCGGCGAUUUCACACCCUGCCGCCCUUCAGCAUCCCCCGCUACCAGCGCUACCCGCUGGGGGACGGCUGCUCCACGCUGCUGGUCGAGACCGUGCAGAGAAACCCCGAGCUGGUCCUGGAGGGCGGCCCCCUGGCCCCUCUCCCGCCCGGGGAUGGCUUCCUGGAAACCAGUAUCCCAGUUCCCGCGCUCACCUGGCAAGACGGUCCCCACCCGAGCCCAGGCUGUGCUGAGUAUGCACUCCAGACCCACAGCACCGUCUUCCAAGAGCACGCGGCCCCCUCUUCGCCCGGCGCGGCCCCCACCACCCGAGGCUUCCGCCGAGCCAGCGAGAUCAGCAUCGCCAGCCAGGUGUCGGGCAUGGCCGAGAGCUACACGGCGUCCAGCAUUGCCCAAAAGACCCCAGCGCCACUCAGCUACACCCCCAGCGUCAGGCGCCUGUCCCUGCUCGCCCUGCCCUCCCCACCCCCCACCACCUCGGGCUCCCGCCCGCAGGCCAGGCGGGCGAACCCCAGUCUGGAGAGGGCCCCCUGCCUCCCCGACUUGAACAUCAGAGAAGUUGCUGCAAAGUGGUGGGGCCAGAAGCGCAUUGACUACGCCCUGUACUGCCCCGACGCCCUGACAGCUUUCCCCACGGUGGCCCUGCCUCACCUCUUCCACGCCAGCUACUGGGAGUCAACGGAUGUGGUCUCCUUCCUGCUGAGACAGGUCAUGAGACACGACAAUUCCAGCAUCUUGGAGCUGGACGGCAAGGAGGUGUCAGUGUUUACCCCCUCAAAGCCGAGAGAGAAGUGGCAGCGCAAGAGAACCCACGUGAAGCUGCGGAACGUGACCGCCAAUCACCGGAUCAACGAUGCACUUGCCAAUGAGGAUGGUCCACAGGUUUUGGCGGGCCGGUUCAUGUACGGGCCCCUGGACAUGGUCACACUGACGGGGGAGAAGGUGGACGUGCAUAUCAUGAUGCAGCCGCCCUCGGGCGAGUGGCUGUACCUGGACACACUGGUGACCAACAGCAGCGGGCGUGUCUCCUACACUAUCCCUGAGACUCACCGCCUGGGUGUGGGGGUCUACCCCGUCAAGAUGGUGGUCAGGGGAGACCACACGUUUGCAGACAGCUACAUCACCGUGCUGCCCAAGGGCACAGAGUUCGUGGUCUUCAGUAUCGAUGGCUCCUUUGCUGCCAGCGUGUCCAUCAUGGGCAGUGACCCCAAAGUGCGAGCUGGGGCCGUGGACGUGGUGCGGCACUGGCAGGACCUGGGCUACCUCAUCAUCUACGUGACGGGCCGGCCUGACAUGCAGAAGCAGCGGGUGGUGGCGUGGUUGGCCCAGCACAACUUCCCCCACGGCGUGGUGUCCUUCUGUGACGGCCUGGUGCACGACCCACUGCGCCAUAAGGCCAACUUCCUGAAGCUGCUCAUCUCGGAGCUGCACCUGCGUGUGCACGCGGCCUACGGCUCCACCAAGGACGUGGCGGUAUACAGCGCCAUCAGCCUGUCCCCCAUGCAGAUCUACAUUGUGGGCCGGCCCACCAAGAAGCUGCAGCAGCAGUGCCAGUUCAUCACAGACGGCUACGCCGCCCACCUGGCCCAGCUCAAGUACAACCACCGGGCACGGCCGGCCCGCAACACGGCCACCCGCAUGGCACUGCGCAAAGGCAGCUUCGGCCUGCCCGGCCAGGGCGACUUCCUGCGCUCCCGGAACCACCUGCUCCGCACCAUCUCGGCCCAGCCUAGCGGGCCCGGCCUCCGGCAUGAGCGGACGCAGAGCCAGCCUGACGGCGAGCAGCGGGGCCAACGCAGCAUGAGCGUGGCGGCCGGCUGCUGGGGCCGCACCAUGGCUGGCCGGCUCGAGUCAGGGGCAGCCCCGGGCCCCAAGUAGGGCACCCUUAGUGAGGCGCUGUGGUCUCCAUGGUGCUAGGCCAGGUGGCCAGCCCGCCGGGGGGCCUGGCCUGGGCACACGCCAUCGGCUGGAGACGAGCUGUCCCAGGACCCAGCGGAGGACACCGGCUGUGCCAUACACAGCCCUCCCAGCCCUGCAUCAUGUCCUAGGAUCUGAGAGGUUCCCGCCUGUCAUGGAAGCUGACAGAUGACCAGCUCCAGGAUGGGGACCACGUGGCCUGGCCUGGAGGGUAUUCCUGGACAAUUGCCCCAUGUGGACCUUGCAGCAUCCCGACGCCAGGCCUGGGCCCAACAUGCCAUCCCCCAGCCAGUAGCGCGCCCCUCCCCCAGGUUCCCUCCACCUGGUAGCAGCUUCUUGUUAACUCGAGUUACUCAACUCUUCAACCUCACUGGUUUUGCACUGAUUUUGAGAGUGGAGACCCCUUACCAUCUCCUGUGAUUACAGACUCGUUGACAUGCAUGAAAAGUCAACUUUUGCUGGAUCGACUGCCACGCAGAAGGCUCCAAGGUAGCAAAUCCUUGUGCAAGCAGGAAAGGCCAUAGCUUAAUUUCUGCAGCUCCACCUGGCCCACCAGUGCCACGGCAGCCCUGCACCCCUGCCCAUCUGCCCAACCUGGAGCCCAACGAGGCUGUGGGCACAUCCCAGGCGGUGAGGCCGGUGAAGCCCAGAGCAGGCUCCCCCAAAGCCCUGCCUUGGCCUGUGGGGCCUGGCCAGGCCUGGUUGCCUCCUCCUCCUCGCCUGCCUGCCGUCAGUCAAAGCCCCCUGCCGCGGGCCACCCUGCGUUUCUACACCUUUCUACUCCGAUCUGAUUUCUAUGAGGUUUUUCUAAAUGAGCAAUCCUUGGCUGCUUCCUUUUCUUAACUCUUUCAGUACUAAGUGCAGCCCCUCCACGUGACAACACCCAGCACUGUGACGGAGUCCAGCCUGGUUCUGGGUCCUGGUGCCCUGCCCCCUGCCCAUGCUUUGGGGUGUGGGCUCCCUGCCUCACCUUACCCGUUAAUUCCACUGAAUUUCUACUCUGGGGUGGGUAGGGCACACACUUAGGUUUUUUAAAUGCCAGUUCCGUUCCGAUGCCGAAUCUAAGAAGCCACAACUCCCGGCGUUCGCUUAAAGGCAGGCAGCCAUGUCUUCACUUCCUGCCUGGUAAGGACCACGCUGUCCUGCACGCUGGGUCUGAGCGUCAGCCCUCCCUCCCCAGGACCGACCUUGAUCUCAGCUGUGGCACUUGGCUCCAGGCAGCCCCUCAUCCUCCUCCACCUUCUUCAAGGGGGGGAGAGGAGCCUGGCUGGCCUCGGACAGCCGUCCAGCGACCAGGCUCCAUGUCCAAGCUGCUGCCAACCUGGAUAGGGCCUCGGCCACACAGGCUGGGCUGGGCAGCUCACCGAUGGAUGUUCACCUCUUCCCGUGUGUAGAUAUGUACAGCCGAAGGGUCAUGUAAAUGUUCUGCCAAAGUGGGUCUAUACAGAACGAAAGCUAUUUAUUUUGUGCAGAGAAAAACGUCUGAAGGGAUGGGACCUUCAGGGUUUAUUCCUAUUUAAGAUGUAGCUUUUUGUUGUUUCAGGCGUUAUGUAUAAAGCAGCAAUUAUUUUAUGGACCAAGUUUUAAUGUAACUGUUGCAGUAAAAGUGCAAUAUCUGACCCCCCCUCUGCUCCCCAGCGGGAAAUCGCUCGGCCGACAAUCACAGCCCCGCUGAGGGGCCCCUGUGGCCAGUGCCUCCUUCUCUGUUGGUCCCAUCUCACCCCAUCUUGCCUACAGCCUGGAUGACUAGCCAUCUGGAGAAGCACCUGGAAGUCUCGGGCCUGCCUGCAAUAAAGGCUGGGAGGCCUCCUGGCCCAGAAGCCAAGCGGCAGUGGGCUCGGCUUCUCCUGGCGCACGGCGCCCCCACAGCUCCGCGCUCCCCACCUUCCUGCCCAGCCGCCAGCCAUGCCAAGGACAACAGCAAUAGUGCCCUGGGCCUCUCCCAGGAGCCAUUAGCCAUCGAUGGUGAGAUGGGCAGCCCACCCUCCCUGUGGACGUCCCCCAGGUCUGCUUCCUGCUGCCCUUCAUUCUUUUGGCACAGUCUCCUCUUGAGGAAGCACCAGUGUUUCAGAAACUAAGAGAGGGAGGGCAGAGUCCUUUAAAAAUACCAAAAAUGUUUACAGAGUUGGGUGCUGAGCUGCAUGGCUCAGGCCUGACCAGUCAUUACCAAAGGGUGAGGCAGACCUUGCCGACUGCCACCCCCACCCAGGCCUGUUAGAGUAGAAGCCUUAGUCCCACUCCCACCCCCAAGCCCCAGGACUCAGCCUCAGCCCCC